AUGUCCAAGAGUACCAAGUACCUCCUCAUCUCGCUCCCGACGUCCAUCGCUCCCUCGCGACACAAGGAUGACGCCCUGGAAGCGGUCUCGACAACAGUGACGGCGGACAAUGGCUCCGUGGACUCGUUCCCCAUCCCGGAGUUCAAGAUUGGCACCCUUGACGCCCUGGUGCAGCAGGCCGAUGAGCUGGCGAAACUCGAGUCUUCAUGUCAGGGUGUGGUAGCCAAGGUGGGCGAUGCCCUGAAGAACGUCCUGGAUGGAGACGAAGCGCAGAUUGAGAAUAUGAAGGCCGUCAACGAUAAGCCGGUCGAUCAAUAUCUGCGUACAUUUUCCUGGAACAAAGUCAAGUACCGUGCCGAUAAGCCGCUGAGCGAGUUGAUUGAUCUUCUACAGAAGGAAGCCGCCAGUAUUGAUAACGAUAUCCGGUCAAAAUACACGCAGUACAACCAGGUCAAGAACACGCUGGCGACUCUGCAGCGCAAACAGACCGGCAACCUGUCCACCAAAUCGCUCGCUUCAGUCGUCGAUCCGCGGGUCCUCGUGCAGGCUUCGGACUACAUAGAAACGCAUUUGAUUGCCGUGCCCGCGCAGCAAGUCAAGGAGUUCCUCAAGACGUACGAGACAGUGGCCCCGAUGGUGGUGCCGCGGUCCGCCAGCCUGGUGGCGGAGGACAGUGAGUUUACGCUGUACGCGGUGACCACGUUCAAGAAGCACAGCGCCGAGUUUGUGCACAAGUGCAGAGAGAGCAAGUGGAUCCCACGCGACUUCAAGUACGUCGAGGGCGGCAAGGAAGAAGAACGCAAGGAGGUCGAGCGCGUGGGCGGCGACGAGCGCAAGCUGUGGGGGGAAACGCUCCGCCUCGGCCGCACUGCCUGGAGCGAGGCUGUUAUGGUCUGGAUCCACGUUCUAGUGCUGCGCGUCUUUGUCGAGACGGUUCUGCGAUACGGGCUGCCUCUCGACUUUAUCUGUACAAUGAUUAGAACCCCCACUUCAAAACAAGCCGACAAGGCCAAACGCGCCCUGGACGAGAAAUACUCGUACCUGGCCGGUAACGCCUUUGGCCGCGACAAAAAGGGCCGUGUCAAGCGAGACGAUCCUGGCGAGAUGCACGGCGAGGGCGCGGCGGCCGAAUACACCCCAUACGUUUACUACGAGUUCCAAUUCAGCUAG